AUGUUGAUCUCGUCUCCUCGUGGUGAUUCUGAUGAAGAGAAGAAAGAAGAGACUUUGAAACCAAAGUUGAAGCCUUUACAUUGGGAUAAAGUUAGAGCUAGCUCAAGCCGUGUUAUGGUGUGGGACCAAAUCAAAUCAAAUUCAUUUCAAUUGAAUGAAGAAAUGAUAGAGACAUUGUUUAGGGCGAAUGAUCCAAGUUCAAGAACAAGAGAUGCUGGAAAUUCAAGUGUUGUUCAAUCUGUGAAUCAAGAGAAUCGGUUUCUUGAUCCAAGAAAGUCUCAUAACAUUGCGAUUUUGCUAAGAGCUCUUAAUGUAACUGUCGAUGAAGUAUGCGAAGCUCUCGUGGAAGGCAAUUCGGAUACGUUAGGACCUGAGCUUCUUGAAUGCUUGCUUAAGAUGGCUCCUACUAAAGAAGAAGAGGACAAGCUUGAGGAGCUUAAAGAUGAUGAUGAUGAAUCUCCUUCCAAGUUAGGUCCUGCGGAAAAAUUCCUCAAAGCAUUGUUGAACAUUCCGUUCGCCUUCAAGAGGAUCGAUGCAAUGGUUUACAUAGUCAAUUUUGAAUCAGAAACCGAGUACCUUAAAAGAUCAUUCGACACCCUCGAGGCUGCUUGUGGAGAGUUAAAGAACACUCGAAUGUUCUUGAAGCUUUUAGAAGCGGUGCUCAAGACCGGGAACCGGAUGAAUAUCGGGACUAAUAGAGGUGAUGCGCACGCAUUCAAGCUCGACACACUAUUAAAACUGGUGGAUAUCAAAGGCGCGGAUGGCAAAACCACCUUAUUGCAUUUUGUGGUUCAAGAGAUCAUAAAAUCCGAAGGAGCUCGGGUUUCUUCUACUCCGACUCAAAGCCCUACAGGCGAUAACAUAGCCGAGUUCCAAGACGAUCUUGAGCUUAAGAAACUCGGGUUGCAAGUGGUUUCAGGUCUUAGCUCUCAGUUGAUAAACGUCAAGAAAGCAGCUGCAAUGGAUUCAAAUUCCCUUAGCAAAGAAACAGCGGAAUUUGCAAGCGGAAUAACGAAAGUCAAGGAAGUAAUCGCGGAGCUAAAUCAAGAAACCGGUGCAGAGAGAUUCUUAGACUCAAUGAACAUGUUCUUGAACAAAGCUGAGAAAGAGAUCACAAUGAUACAAUCCCAUGGAAGCAAUGUCAUGAAGAUGGUUAAAGAAGUAACAGAGUAUUUCCACGAGAAUUCGGAAUCUCAUCCUUUUCGCAUUUUCGCAGUGGUCAGAGACUUUCUGACGAUUCUUGAUCAAGUAUGUAAAGAAGUUGGUCGUGUAAACGAGAGAACAGUGUACGGUUCUGUACCACGACCUUCACCGUCGAACCAGACCGUCACGACGCUGUUUCCGGUUGUUAACAAUAACAACAACUCACGGCUGAGUCACUCUGGUUCUCUAGACAACGACGACGAUGACUCGUUCUAA